AAACACAACUGCUUCACGGUUGAAACAUGAAUGGUAUAGAGGUGCCCAAGCAAAAAACUUUUAGGUAUACAAAGUCUGCCUCUGGUAAAGUGCAACAAUGUUAGCUGAAUAAACUAUUAUUGUUAUUAUUAUUAUAAAUAAUACUUAAUCAAAUUUAAUUAAAAUGGAUAAUUAUUUUUAUCUUUUAUAUAUUUUAAUUAAUAUGAAUUUAUCUAUAAAGAUAGUUCCGAUAAGUAUAUUAUUUAUAAAAAAAAAGAAAACAAAUUCUAUUCACAAACUUGUCAACAUCGAAAUGAGACUGUUGAUCUUUGCAGUAGGUGUGGUGUGCUCGGCGCUGGCUGAGGAGCAGAUAGCUCUGAACUACCACGAGGACUACGGCAUCCCUCUAGCGACAAGCAUCAAGCGGGCAGAGGAGGCUGGCGACUUCGACGGAGCCAGGGUUGUGGGGGGGUGGCGGGCUGGACUCGGGGACCAUCCCCAUUUGGGCGGUGUGCUCGUCAAUCUGUAUGGUGGGGCAGUCUCAGUAUGUGCCUGCUCUCUCUUAACCAACACACGAGCGGUCACCGCCGCCCACUGCUGGUGGGACGGCUACAACCUGGCCAUCGACUUCACCCUCGUUUACGGCUCCCUGCUGCUGUUCUCGGGCGGCAUGCGCGUGAACACGUCCGCUGUCGACGUUCACGCCGCAUACAACUCCAAUAACUUGAACAAUGAUAUCGCCGUCGUCAUCUUACCGUGGGUGAAUUAUACUGAGUACAUUCAACCAAUCAGGCUGCCUACGGCCUGGCUGGCGCUGGCUACGGCCGCACGUGGGACGUACCUGAGCCACGUCAACGUGACCGUCAUCAGUAACCAGGAAUGCGAGGUGACGUACGGCAACAGCGUGGUGGUACCGGCCACCGUUUGCAGCAGUGGCGCCGGCUUCCGAGGCACCUGCCUGGGAGACUCCGGCGGCUCCCUCUGGGCGUGGAUCGGAGGUUCACGCUUUCUGAUCGGCGUGACGUCAUUUCACGCGGCGCGCGGCUGCGAGCUAGGCCUGCCCUCCGGGUACACUCGCAUCACCAUCUUCGUACCCUGGAUACAGGAGAGGCUCUGAUAAUACCACACAAUGGAAUUAUACACCUGCAGUUGUUAUUUCUUUUCAUUUUAUUAAUUUUUUGUUAAUUAAA